GUACAUCCGCCUGACUUGAGAGUGUUUACAAUCUGUAGAUAGACGGACUGACCGAGAAGAAUGGGGAGUUCCGCAUGAUCAGAUACCCAGCUUUCCAAGAAAACGCCACAUUGUGACUGGACCAGGUCUCACCGAUUGGUGGUCAUGCAGCACCCUAACUUCGAAACCCAUCACCCCCUCCAGACGGAGGACCAGGAGACGGGCUUCGACCCGCUGAACAACUUCAACAGGAACCGCAGCAGAAGUUCAGACAGCUCGUUCUCGGAGUCAGAGUCGACAUUCCUCUCCUACAGGAAAGAGUGGGAUGACUUGUUUCUCAAUAGUAACUACCUGGCAAGGAUUCGACAGGCAGGCAUCAACGGCAAAUUGCGGAGCAGCAGAUUUCGUAGCGUGUGCUGGAAGUUGUACCUGGACGUUCUUCCAGAAGACAAGAGUCAGUGGAUCAAUAAGACCAAGGAGCUCCGGGCCCAGUAUGAGAAGAUCAAAGAAACGCACAUAACCAACCCCCGCAAGGCUGCAGGUCAGCAGGACCUGGUGGUCAACAACCCUCUGUCCCAGGACGAGGGGAGUUUGUGGAACAAGUUUUUCCAGGACAAGGAGCUGAGGGGGAUGAUCACCCAGGAUGUGAUGAGAACGUUCCCAGAGAUCAACUACUUCCACGGGGAAGACGUGAGGACCAAGCUGACAGACAUCUUGUUCUGUUACGCCAGAGAGAACGAACAGUUGCUGUAUAAGCAGGGAAUGCACGAGUUGCUGGCUCCCAUUGUGUUCGUCCUGCACUGCGACCACCAGGCGUUUCAGCACGCCAGCGAGACCGCGCACCCCAGUGAGGAGAUGAAGUCUCUGCUGGAUCCUGUGUACCAUGAACACGACGCCUACGCCAUGUUCUCCCAGCUCAUGGAGACAGCAGAACCCUGGUUCUCCAGCUUUGAGAGGGAGGUCCGAAAGGUCUGUCGUGUCCCUGAUGGCCGGUGGGUGCGUCUGCUGUUUGGCCGGGAGUUCUCCCUGCAGGACCUGCUGGUAGUGUGGGACGCCCUGUUUGCAGACAGCAUCACCCUGGACCUGGUGGACUACGUGUUCGUGGCCAUGCUCCUGUACAUCCGCGACGCGUUGAUCGCCAGUAACUUCCAGACCUGUCUGGGUCUGCUCAUGCACUACCCGCCCAUAGGAGACAUCCACUCCCUGCUGCACAAGGCUCUGUUCCUCAGAGACCCCAAGAACAACCCAAGACCUGUCAACUACCAGUUCCAGCAGAACCUGGACUACUAUAAGACCAGAGGAGCAGAUCUAGUCAACAAGACCUGUGCCACAGCUAAGCCGGCUCCUCUGAACAUCAACAAGGUGUCUAACAAGGUCUCCAGUAGUCUGCUGAGCUUUGGCAGGAAGCUCAUCGCUCCUGCCAUGUCUGGGGCUUCCAGCGGCAUCUCUCCAAUCAACAGCGAGGUGCUCUCUGCCCCCGCCCCCGUUUCCGUGGCGCCGGCCCGCCCCUCGGGCGAGGCCCCCCUGCACGCCCCCCCUCAACCCCAGUCUCAGCACUACCGCCUUCUGAAGUCUGAGAGCAUGCCUGUCCACCUGAGCAAAGAUGUAGUUUCAGACGGACUCUCUCAGGUCUCUCUCCCUGCCCAGAUAUUCUCUGACUCACAAGGCCACGCCUCCAGAACGGUUAGCUCCUCCCCCAGUAUCGAGAGCCUCUCCGGGGGGCGUGGUCACGCCACAGCGUCCCCGCCCCUUCCUCCUUCCAGGGGAAGUGACGUCAGUACCUCGUCCCCGCCCCUCUCGGCCACCAAGAAGGACUCCUUCUUCAACAUCACCCGCUCGCGCUCUCACAGCAGGACGAUGGGCAGGAAGGAGGAGGAGGAGCUGGAGGGGCAGGUCUCCUUCCUGCAGGGCCAGAUCAAUGACCUGGAGGCCAUGAGCAAGUACUGUGCCAAGACCAUGAACACACACAUCGGGAAGAUCCAGGAGGUCAUCCUGCAGGAGCACCUGGAGAAGGAGGACGAGGUGUUGGUGGCACUGGCUGGCCUCAAACAGAUCAAAGACAUCCUGAAGGGGGCGCUGCGGUUCAACCAGAGCCAGCUGGAGGCGGAGGAGAACGAGGAGAUCACCAUCGCCGAUGACCACUACACCGCCGCCGCUGCUGCCGCCGCCGCCCAGCAUGCCGCCGGGCGCCGUGACGACGCCACAGGACACGCCGACCACGGCAAAGGCCAGGACUUGGACGGCGAGGAGAUAGUGAGCACGGACGAGAGGGAGGAGGAGGAGGAGGCGUCCUCCACUCCACCUGACACACAGGUGGCGUCGUCCGUGGGCUCGGAGGGGAAGAACUGGGACGACUACAUCCUGGUGUCCCAGGACCUCCAGACCUCCGAGGGAGGGGCGGAGCGCACGCCGCCAAUCCGACGGGACCUGGUCCGGCCGGAGCCCGAGGGGGCCGGGGUGUUCCAGGACCCCCUGCUGAGCGCCACGUCGGGCUCCUCCAGCCCGGACGAGGGCAGCACCCACAGCAAAGACUCGGACUUCACCAUCGUCAACCCCGCAGACCUGUGAGCCGGCCGGGCCCCCUGCUGGACGGGGGUCGGACCAGCCUUCGCUCCAGCCGCGUCAUUACCAGGAGAAGAGGACGUGUGGAACUGACCUCGGGACUGCUUCCAGGGGCUAUCUUCGUCGUCCCGUCUGGGCGCUACAGCUGGAUGGGAAGAAAUAAAAAAAACAACUUGCACACAUGGACUGAAGACUUGGAGCUGUCUACCUUCGGACAGUCAAGUCGCCAAUAUCUCCUAACCUCUCUCAUCUCUCAUCUCUUCACCUGCCUAACUUGCUCUGUGUAUGCUCAAUACUGUGCUUUGUCCUCUUCCUAUAGCCUGUAUCCAUGUUAUGCAUGGUCUCCAGUGGCCCAAACCUUACUUUUCUACGCUGUGACUUUAAAUGGCGUUGCCUGUGUCUAGCAGGAGAGGGCGCCAUUGGACUAGAACGCCACAAAGCUUCCCACAGAUGUUCUUGCUGAAUUAUUUCUGCAUUAUCAAUAGGGGGAGCCCCCCCCCCUCCCUUUCUCCAAUGGGAGUGUAGUACCCUGCUUGUCCAGAAGGGGGAGAUCUCUCCAUGUCUCUAAUGCCUGUAGGUCAGCCUAAAUAGAUAAUCUUGCCACCAUUCAUCUCAUCUUCGAUUGUCUUUCUGCUUACGGUAGAGGUCACCCCUAGCCACUGAUCCAGGGUCUGAUUGCAACCCCAUAGACUUGCCAAUCCUUGUCAGGUGGAUGGAACAUCGGAUCCAUCUCGGCCUUCUCCCACUCCUCACUAACCAGUGCCUACAAACAUGUUCAUCCAGACCGAUGCACCUGAAUCUUUCCGUCUCUCUUAAGCUUUGUUCAUUUUGUUCUUUUUUUUUUAUUGCAAAUUUUAACCCAUAGUUAUGAGGUUAAAACUAUUAAAUUAUGGAAUGUCGUUUAUUAUUUUUGUUUCUUUUUUUUAUUGAUUCCUUGUGAUUGUUUUUAUGCAACAACCAAUUACUCUCCUGGUGUCUGUUCUGUUUUAGUUCUUCUGCUUCCUGUGGUAGCCAUGGCAACCAUGGCACCAAGGGAUGUCCCUCUUGAUGACUGUGCGAUUAACUAUAUAGACCAAUAAACAGAAGGCUCUUGCUGUAGUAUAACUAAA